AUAUUUUGGAUAAAGCUUAAGGUGCAGUAAUCAAUGGCAAUCGGAAACAAAUCAGCAACAUUUUGUGUGUUUAAUCAUCAAUGGGUUCAAAGCUGGACGUGCCGUUAUCCACUACAAGCCCACAAAAUUCCCUCUUUCUUAAUCAUUAAACCCCUCUCAAAACCCCCCAGAACAAUGCCCUGUAUCUCCGGCCAUGGCGGUUUUUGCUCAAUCCUCUAAUGUUCUCACCUAUCUUGACCGUUCCAAUCCCCAAAUCUCCAACAAUUACAAUCUCAAAGCCCUAUCCUUCUCCAAAAAUCUGCAAACCCACAAGCAAACGCUAAGAAAAUCUCAAGAAAUCUCAGUCCUUGGCGCCGCGGUCUCUAAUUCCACCUUCAAUCAAACUCAGAACUUAGAAUUACAACAACUAUGCCUUCUGGGGAAGCUAGAACAAGCGGUGAAACGUAUGGAAUCGAUGCUAGAGCUCCGGAUUGAGGUGGAAGAAGAUGUUUACAUUGCUUUGUUGAGGCUAUGUGAGUGGAGAAGAGCGCCCGAUGAAGGGUCUCGAGUCUACGGAGGUGUUUUGAGCUCCAAAUCUCGCUUGGGCGUUCGGCUUGGCAAUGCUUUAUUGAGCAUGUUCGUCAGGUUUGGCAAUUUAACUGAUGCCUGGUAUGUGUUUGGUAAAAUGUCUGAGAGGGAUGUGUUUUCUUGGAAUGUAUUGUUGGGUGGUUAUGCUAAGGCGGGGUGUUUUGAUGAGGCUUUGAAUUUGUAUCAUAGAAUGUUGUGGGCUGAAAUUAGGCCUGAUGUAUAUACAUUUCCCUCUGUUUUGAGAACUUGUGGUUGCAUUUCUGAUAUAGUUAGAGGCAAGGAGAUUCAUACGCAUGUCAUAAGGUUUGGAUUUGAGUUGGAUGUAGAUGUGGGUAAUGCUUUAAUCACUAUGUACGUGAAAUGCGGUGACUUAAGUAAUGCACGGAAACUGUUUGAUAAAAUGCCAAAGAGAGAUAGGAUUUCAUGGAAUGCCAUGAUUUCAGGGUACUUUGAAAAUGGAGGGGGAUUGGAUGGAUUGAGAUUGUUUUUCAUGAUGCGCGAGCUCUCAGUCGAUCCAGAUUUGAUAACUAUGACUAGUUUAGCAUCUGCUUGUGAGCUUCUUGGUAACCAGAGAUUAGGGACAGAAAUCCAUGGAGUUGUGGUUAAAUCCGAGUUUGGGGAUGAUGUUUCGAUGAACAAUUCUUUGAUUCAGAUGUAUUCGAGUCUUGGCCAUUUGGGAGAAGCAGAGAAAGUCUUUUCACGAAUGGUGUCGAAAGAUGUGGUAUCGUGGACGGCGAUGAUAGCUAGCUACGACAGUCACAAGCUGCCUCUUAAGGCUGUUGAAACUUACAAAACUAUGGCAUUAGAGGGCGUAAUGGCGGAUGGGAUUACUUUAGUUAGUGUAUUAUCUGCUUGUGCUUGUUUAGGCCAUUUGGAUUUAGGUAUAAGGCUUCAUGGGAUUACCAUCAAGACUGGCUUCAUAUCACAUGUCAUGGUCUCAAAUGCUCUCAUUGAUAUGUACUCAAAGUGUAAAUGCGUCAACAAGGCCUUAGAAGUAUUCCACAAGAUCUCGGGAAAGAACGUCAUAUCUUGGACUUCACUCAUCCUUGGUCUACGGAUUAACAAUCGAAGUUUCGAGGCGCUGUUUUUCUUCCGUCAGAUGAAGGAGUCAAUGAAACCAAAUUCUGUAACUCUGAUUACAAUCCUAUCGGCAUGUGCUCGAAUAGGAGCUCUAAUGUGUGGAAAAGAGAUUCAUGCACAUGCUCUACGUACUGGUGUUGGGUUUGAUGGCUUUUUACCUAAUGCUAUUUUAGACAUGUAUGUAAGAUGUGGAAGAAAUGUGCCUGCACUAAACCAAUUUAACUCGCAAAAGAAAGACGUGACGUCGUGGAAUAUACUGCUUACGGGUUAUGCCGAGCAGGGACAAGGCAAGCUUGCUGUUGAGCUAUUCGACGAGAUGCUUGAAUUGGAGAUUAACCCAGAUGAGAUUACCUUUAUUGCUCUAUUAUGUGCCUGCAGCAGGUCAGGUAUGGUUAUGGAAGGUUUGGAGUACUUCAAUGAAAUGAAAAACAAGUAUAAUCUGACUCCUAACCUGAAACAUCAUGCGUGUGUGGUCGAUCUACUCGGCCGUGCUGGGCAAUUGGACGAUGCUUAUGAUUUUAUACAGGAUAUGCCAAUCGAGCCGGAUGCAGCCAUAUGGGGAGCCUUGCUAAAUGCUUGCAGAAUUCACAGAAGCGUUCAGCUCGGAGAACUUGCAGCGUCACGUGUAUUCGAAAAGGACGAUAAAAGCGUCGGGUAUUAUGUUCUUCUCUGCAAUUUCUAUGCUGAAUGUGGUAACUGGGAGAAGGUUUCAAAAGUUAGAACAGUGAUGAGAGAAAGAGGACUAGCGGUAGAUCCUGGUUGCAGUUGGGUGGAAGUGAAUGGAAAAGUUCAUGCUUUUCUCAGCGGCGACAAUUUUCACGCUCAGUCAAAGGAAAUUAAUGGGGUUUUGGAUGGAUUUUAUAGCAAGAUGAAGGAAGCUGGUUUGGGAGAUUUGAAGAGUAGUGAAGUUGAAUCUUCGAGAGCUGACGUUUUUUGCGGGCAUAGCGAAAGGCAAGCCAUUGCAUUCGGGUUGAUCAAUACUGCCCCGGGGAUGCCUAUCUGGGUGACGAAGAACAUGUACAUGUGCCGUAGGUGUCACGACAUGGUAAAGUUCAUCUCGAGGAUCGUUCGUAGAGAAAUAUCAGUGAGGAACGUCGAAGAGCAUCACCAUUUCAAGGAUGGAGUCUGCUUGUGUGGGGACGAGGGAUAUUGGGGAAAACCUGGUACAGGAUGAAACUAUUUUUUGAGAUUCUACAUAAUCUUAAUCAUUCAUAGUGCAACGACGACAUCGAGGCAGCAGAAGAUCAUUUCCUGGUUGCUCGGACAGUGUACGAACAAACCGAUCGAAAACGAUACCAGAACAUGCUCGUGCGGCCAUGGACGUCGUUGAGGUAAGCUCUCUGAAGGAAAUAUGUAAAAUGGAAUCCAUGUAGCUUUAGUAUAUCAUUAUAUGAAAUUCCCCAUUAGAGUAACAAGCUGAAGUAUUCAUGAAAAUACUUGAUAAAUUACAGAAUGAAAAUGCUCAUAUU